CCAUAAACAUCUCUCUCCUAUGCACCAACUCUCACCACAAUUCCUUCCCUCCAAUUCAAUGGCUACUUCCAUUUUUUAUUCUUCUUCAUCAACCAAACCCUUCUUUGUGCCUCUCUUUUCCUCCUCAAAAUCUUCCUGCAUUUCUUUCCACCCCACCUUUCUCAACCUCUCCCAUUCUCAUCAUAUUUCUCCUUCAUUGUCCGUCGCAGUAUCCCUGAAGACCCAAGAGAUCGUGUCCUCCAACUUCGAGAAUCUUGAGCAACUCAUUUCGGAAGAUAGGCCUUCCAUCCUGGUCUCCGAGAAGCUUGGAAAUGCUGGACUUCAGGUUUUGAGUGGCUUCGGGAAAGUUGAGUGCUGUUAUGAUCUUUCUCAGGAGGAAUUGUGUGCCAGGAUCUCCAAGUUUGAUGCGUUGAUUGUGAGGAGUGGUACCAAGGUUACUCGCCAGGUUUUUGAGGCCGCCAAGGGGAGGUUGAAGGUCGUCGGACGAGCUGGUGUUGGCAUUGACAAUGUAGAUCUCCAGGCCGCCACGGAGUUCGGCUGUUUGGUGGUUAAUGCCCCCACCGCCAACACCAUCGCCGCCGCGGAACAUGGCAUCGCGUUGCUCGCUGCCAUGGCCAGAAAUGUUGCUCAGGCUGAUGCUUCCAUGAAAUCUGGAAAAUGGCAGAGGAACAAGUAUGUGGGAGUGUCCUUGGUUGGAAAGAUAUUGGCAGUGAUGGGAUUUGGGAAAGUUGGGUCAGAAGUUGCAAGACGAGCAAGGGGUUUGGGCAUGAAUGUUAUUGCUUAUGACCCAUAUUGCCCAGCUGACAGAGCCCGUGCUGUUGGUGUUGAUUUGGUCUCUUUUGAUCAGGCUCUUGCUACUGCAGAUUUCUUCUCCCUCCAUAUGCCUCUCACUCCCACCACUGCUAACAUUUUCAACGACCAAACUUUUUCUAAAAUGAAGAAGGGAGUUCGCAUCAUCAAUGUAGCAAGAGGUGGCGUUAUUGAUGAAGAUGCAUUAGUCAGAGCUCUUGAUAAUGGAACAGUUGCCCAGGCAGCACUUGAUGUAUUCUGUCAAGAGCCUCCGGAAAAAGAGAGUAAGCUAGUGCAUCAUGAGAAUGUUACUGUCACACCUCAUCUUGGAGCUAGUACCAAGGAAGCACAGGAAGGAGUUGCUAUUGAGAUAGCAGAGGCUGUAGUUGGAGCGUUGAACGGGGAACUUUCUGCUACUGCCGUCAAUGCUCCAAUGGUUCCUGCUGAAGUAUUGUCGGAGCUGGCUCCAUAUGUUUUGCUAGCUGAGAAGCUUGGUAGGCUAGCUGUGCAGUUGGUGUCUGGUGGGAGUGGAAUCAAAACUGUAAAGGUGACCUAUAGAUCAUCUCGAAACCCAGAUGACUUGGACACAAGAAUUCUACGAGCCAUGAUCACAAAAGGCAUCAUUGAACCGAUAUCAUCCUCAUUUAUCAAUCUGGUAAACGCAGACUUCACAGCUAAGCAGAAAGGUCUCCGCAUUAGUGAAGAACGUGUGGUUGUGGAUUCAUCCCAAGAGUUCCCCAUAGAUUCAAUCCAGGUGCAUGUCUCCAGUGUUGAUUCUAAGUUUGCUAGCUCUGUUUUAGACAAUGGAGAUAUAAGCAUUGAGGGUAAAGUGAAAAAUAGGUUACCUCACUUGACAUGUAUCGGAUCAUUUGCCGUGGACGUGAGCCUGGAAGGGAACUUGCUUCUCUGCAGGCAGAUGGAUCAACCUGGAGUGAUUGGCAAGGUUGGUAACAUACUUGCAAAGCACAAUGUGAAUGUCAACUUCAUGAGUGUAGGGAGAACUUACAGGAGAAAACAAGCUGUCAUGGCAAUUGGAACUGAUGAAGAACCAAGCAAAGAGGCUCUCAAGGAAUUAGGCAAUGUGCCUGCCAUUGAAGAGUUUGUGCUGCUUGAGUUGUAGAGAGAAAAAUCUCUGAACUUGUUCAAACUGGCAAUCAGACUGCAUUUUUAUGGCAACCUAAUGGUUAUGCAAUUAGUAAACCGACAAUAAUAGCUACAUAUCAAUAAAACAGAAGGUAGCGGUAUCUAUGUCUAUGGUGAGCUGGUGAUAUUUUGAUUUCUAUGAAGUCAAAACUGUUGUUGUAGUAGUAGUAGUAAUCACUGAUUGUUUUUUUUAAGUUGGUGGUGGUUGUAUUAGAAGUAGCUCUCAAGUUUUAAUGAAGAUGUGUAUGAGGGAUGUUUUUCCCGUAUCAAGGCAAACAGAAACCGAAAAGAUUUCCAGCUUGUCAUAGUAAUAGCCCUUGAAUGUGCUUCCGUAGACCAUCUGUAUUGUGUUUAAUGGUUGUGUUGAUAUUGGAUUCAGUUUAUUCAGUUUUAAA